UCAACCGAGCUCACUUUUCAGCCGCCCUUUCACUUCAGUUCACAUGAUGGACCAGACUACGUGUCGAACAACGACAACAACGAUUACACGUUGGGCAAGAUCGGAAAACACAAUGUUGUCAUUGAUGUGCUGCCAGACGGAGAGUACGGCAUCGCUUCUGCCGCAGGUGUUGCGAGAGACAUGCUUCACAGCUUCCCCAACGUCAGGAUUGGCUUGAUGGUUGGGAUAGGCGGCGGAGCGCCAAGCUCAAAGCAUGACAUUCGCCUAGACGACGUUGUUGUGAGCUCGCCUCGCAAUGGGAUGGGUGGUGUCUUCCAGUACGACUUCGGCAAAACAACUCAUAAUCAGAGCUUCUUGACGACCGGAUACUUGAAUCAGCCGCCUAGUGUUUUACAGACGGCCGUAGCCGGACUCAAGACCCAGUAUGAGGGCGACGGCCAUCAGAUUGAGGAAAGCAUCAACACAAUAUUAGUGAGCAAGAGCAGGCUACGAAAGAAGUACGGGCGGCCAAGUUCAGAGAACGACAAACUGUACAGGUCUUCUGUGGUCCACCCCCAAGACAUUGAGGGACCUUGCACAAGCAUUUGUAGUGACGAUCUCUCGAACUUCAUAGUGCGGAAAGAACGGUACGAAGACGAGGAUGACCCUGCAAUUCACUACGGUCUCAUCGCUUCCGCGAACCAGCUCAUGAAGGAUGCUGUGUUUCGUGAUAAGCUAUCUAAAGAGAAGGAUGUGUUAUGUUUUGAGAUGGAAGCUGCUGGGCUGAUGAAUCACUUCCUGUGCCUUAUCAUCGGUAGCAUAUGCGAUUAUUCCGACACUCACAAGAACAACCAGUGGCAAGGCUAUGCAGCGAUGGUAGCAGCCGCAUAUGCGACGGACCUUCUCUGCCGGAUUGCUCCUGAUAAAGUUUAG